AGCUAAGCUAACAUAACUGUCUACUAUAAAGCGGAUUCAUCGUCUGGCAGCUGGAACAAAGCCUACUCAAGAUAAGCUCUCAGCGUGAGCUUCAACCUCAGUGUUCCAGCGUUUACCAAUCAGCCCAGCCAGGGCUGCUGCUUGAGGACAGUGGGGGCUCGCUAAUGAUCCCCCCAUUCAUCCGAUGAACCCCCUCAACUCCAUGAAACCCUCCCUGCCUCCCACUCCACAAAGCACUGACGGCCCUUUCCUAAAUGAGCCAGUCUCCUGGCAACCAAGCACCAAUCAGCACGCAGGAUCUCUCUCUGUAGUAACCACAGUGUGGGGCGUGACCAAUCCCACACACAGCCAGGUUUUUGGUGCACCAAUGGGCCCCGGCGAGAGCUCCGGUGGUCAUAUGAUGCCUGGUGGCAGCCCUGGUAUGGGCGGUGGCAUGGGUUCCCAGUUCAUUGGACAGCAGUCGUACGGGGAGGCCAUGUCUAAAAGCUACGGCCAGCCAGUCAUGUAUGGACGUCCCAGUGGCGCAUACAAUCCAGCCUCAGCCUACGGAGGAAGUUACUCCGGGAGCAGUGGAGGUGCAGGUCUGGGCGUUCGUCCACCCUCAGACUUCACUCAAGCUGCUGCUGCUGCUGUCGCUGCAGCUGCUGCCACGGCAACUGCCACGGCAACGGCAACUGUUGCAGCAAUACAAGAAAAACAAAACCAGGAGCUCAGCUAUGGUCAGAUGGGUGGAGCAUCCUCUUACAGCACCCAGUUCCUGUCUCAUUCAGGCCCCCGUGGCCCCCCAGGGAUGAACCCUGGUGGGAUGGUCCCUUCAAGGCCUGGGCCACCACCCUCAGCUGGAGGCUUGUAUCCGUCUCAUUCUGUGCAGGCUCAGAGGAUGCCCCAGCACGGAGGUUACCAAGGCGGACAGCAAGGGCUCAAACGGCCCUUCCAUUCAGAGAGUUUUCCAGGGCAACAGUACGGAGCUGGAGGGAUGUCUGGUUAUCCCAAUCAGCCUCUGCAAUACCCCGCUGGCCCACAGCAGAGAUGUGCUCCAUCACCCUCAUACCCCUCCAGCCGGAUGCCUCACAUGGGACAGUACACCUCUGGGUCACACAACCCAGCACAGUUCCCUCCCGGCACCGGCCAGCCCAAUCCUCCACAGUAUUAUAAGUCAGAGCCUUUCGCUGGUCAGGUCAGUUUGCCAUCUGGAGGAGCCGGAGGAUACAAUGCCUUCACACAGGCUGCAGUGAACGGGCCAGGACGGGGCGGAGUGAUACCCGGGUACCCUACCUCGCCGAUGGGUGGGAAUCCCACCCCUCCCAUGACACCUGGAACCUCCAUACCUCCCUACCUUUCUCCAGGCCAGGACACCAAACCGCCCUAUCUUCCACCUGACACUAAACCCAACAUCAACUCCCAGCAGCCCUCAACAGGUAAUCCCAGUGACGACCUGCGUCUAACAUUCCCAGUACGAGAUGGCGUUGUGUUGGAGCCGUUUAGACUGGAGCACAAUCUGGCUGUCAGUAAUCACGCCUUCCAGCUUCGAGACUCUGUCUAUAAAACACUCAUGAUGAGACCAGAUCUGGAGCUGCAGUUUAAGUGUUACCACCACGAGGACAGACAGAUGAACACUAACUGGCCUGCAUCUGUGCAGGUCAGCGUGAAUGCAACCCCUUUGUCUAUUGAAAGAGGUGACAACAAAACUUCCCACAAACCCUUGUACCUGAAGCAAGUGUGUCAGCCAGGUCGCAACACCGUGCAGAUCACUGUCACGGCAUGCUGUUGUUCCCAUCUGUUCGUGUUACAGUUGGUGCACAGACCAUCCGUCAGGUCUGUGCUGCAGGGUCUGAUGAAGAAGAGGCUGCUUCCAGCGGAGCACUGCAUCACCAAGAUAAAGAGAAAUUUCAGUAGUGGGACAAUCCCUGGGACGCCUGGUCUCAAUGGAGAGGACGGAGUGGAGCAGACGGCAAUCAAAGUUUCUCUCAAAUGCCCGAUCACAUUCAGACGAAUCCAGCUGCCAGCCAGAGGCCACGACUGCAGGCACAUACAGUGUUUUGACCUGGAGUCCUAUUUGCAACUGAACUGUGAAAGAGGGACAUGGAGAUGUCCGGUGUGCAAUAAAACAGCUUUGCUAGAAGGCCUGGAAGUUGACCAGUACAUGCUCGGGAUUCUUGUCUACAUUCAGAAUUCGGAUUAUGAAGAGAUCACCAUAGACCCGGUGUGUGGCUGGAGGCCAGUGCCCGUCAAGCCUGACCUCCACAUAAAGGAGGAGCCCGAUGGUCCUGUCCUGAAACGCUGUCGCACGGUCAGUCCAAGUCACAUGGUCCUUCCAAAUGUGAUGGAAAUGAUCGCAGCUCUGGGCCCAGCUUCAUCCCCCUACCAGAGUUUGACUACAGGAGGCAGAAACACCCCAGACUACAGCCGGCCAGGAAGCCAGGGAUAUUCCAGCCAAACCGGAUUUACAGACUUCCCCAACACUCCCGGGACCCCGACACUUGGAGAGUACACCCCUUCCGGACCACCACCCCCGCUCCCAUAUCAGUCUGACCAGACGGCUCAUUCUGGACGAAUUGAACCUUCUCGUAACAUCCUCCAGCAGCACACCUCAGGUGUCCAUGGUAACCAGGGUCUUGGUGAUGGCGGCAGCCCGCUGCCCCAGAGGAACCCCGGUAACCAGAGUUCCCGGCUGCAGAGUGAAGGCUCCUUUGGUCUGGGCGGUCCGGGAGGAGAAGGCCAUGAUCACACUCUAGAUCUUCUUCCAGAGUUGACAAACCCGGAUGAGCUGCUGUCCUACCUGGGCCCCCCGGACCUCCCGAACAACAGCGGCGACGACCUGCUGGCGCUGUUCGAGAACAACUGAACUUCACCUUCUUGCCGGCAGCUUCCAGACCAGCUGUCUGGGUGCUGUCACCAGACCUGGCUCGUCACACCCGCUACGUAUGUGUGUGUGUGCGUGAGUGAUGGUGUUUUUGUGUGUCUUUUGUCUUUUUGAAGUGUCCUGCUGUACUCUGAAAGACAUUCAGUGCAGUGUAGAGGUGUAGGAAGGAACACUGUUCACCUGUGAUCACUGACUGGUGAGUAUGAAGAACAGAAUGACACUGACUCUGAAGACCAGCAUUCUAAACUAUAGCACAAAUCCCAGCUGGAUGGUUCAUUGGAGAAGAGGAUGGUGGAAGCUAAAGUUAAAGAACACUUAGAUAAAGUGUUGCCCAUGAGGCUUGUCCACAUUUUAAAUUAAUUUUACAUAAACCAGCUUUCCCACCCGUAGGUCUGCCAUGCCAAUGUCAAGAUGGAGCUCCAAAAUUAAAAUAUAAAACAGAAUUUCUAAUACAGAAC